CGUGGUCAGGAAGAUGUUCGUUUCCAGUUAAUAGGCGGUUGCUGGAAGCGGGGGCGGGACUUUGAGGGAGUGAGUGAGAGCCGGGACCGGGAGCGAAGUUAAAGAGGGGGAUUCUGCGCACGCGCAGCUGAGGCGAGGUGAAUCUGGUGUAGGCGCGCGUGUGGACGUGUCCGGCGACGUUGUAGAAGCAGACCUCAGUCGGAGAAAGGCAGAAGCCGACUUUUCCUGCUUUGGAUAGCACUUGCUUAUAUUGGUAACUGACCAGAGGCUUCUUCUUUCUUGAAACAGAACAUUGGUAAGAAGUAGCUCAAUGUCACUGUUUCAGAACCCGUGGGAAUUAUACCAGCCGAGUUUACCAAAUGACCUGGACACGGAAAUGGAGAUCGUGGCGCCUUGCCCACCCUUUCCUGAUCCAGCCAGUGACUUCGAUAGAAACAUUCCUCGUAUCUGUGGUGUUUGUGGAGACAAAGCUACUGGGUUUCAUUUUAAUGCUAUGACCUGUGAAGGCUGCAAAGGAUUUUUUAGGAGGAGCAUGAAAAGAAAAGCUAUGUUCACAUGUCCAUUCAAUGGAGACUGCAAAAUUACCAAAGAUAACCGGCGGCACUGCCAGGCUUGUCGGCUGAAGCGCUGCACUGACAUAGGCAUGAUGAAAGAGUUUAUUCUGACAGAUGAAGAGGUCCAGAGGAAAAGAGAGAUGAUUAUGAAAAGAAAGGAGGAGGAAGCCCUGAAAGAGAGCUUAAAGCCCAAACUGCUGGAGGAGCAACAGCGGAUCAUUGAUAUACUUCUUGAAGCCCAUAAAAAAACCUAUGAUCCCACUUACUCUGAUUUCAACCAAUUUCGGCCUCCAGUCAGAGGUCGUAGAAUGAAAAGUAGAUCUUCCUCUAUUAUGACCCAAGGUUUCUCCUCUUCAGAAGACUCCUUGGAUACCUUCAGCUCUUCUUCCCCAGAACCAAAGAUGUUCUCAAAUCUGGAACUAAGUGAUGACAGCGAUGAAAGUGCAUCCAUGUCCAUUGAUUUAUCACACCUCUCCAUGCUGCCUCACCUGGCUGACCUUGUUAGUUACAGCAUCCAGAAAGUGAUUGGAUUUGCAAAAAUGAUUCCAGGAUUCAAAGAUCUAACAGCAGAGGACCAGAUUGCUUUGUUGAAAUCCAGUGCCAUUGAAGUCAUUAUGCUCCGAUCAAAUCAGUCAUUCUCACUGGAGGAUAUGUCUUGGACCUGCGGCAACAAUGACUUCAAAUACAACAUCAAUGAUGUCACACAAGCUGGACACAGCCUAGAUCUGCUUGAGCCUCUUGUUAAGUUCCAGAUCAGCUUGAAGAAACUCAACCUGCAUGAGGAAGAGCAUGUGCUCCUGAUGGCCAUCUGCAUCCUUUCUCCAGAUCGCCCUGGCGUUCAAGACACCGCUAUGGUGGAGUCCAUCCAGGAUCAUCUUUCUGGAAUCCUGCAGACAUAUAUUCUCUGCCGACACCCGCCUCCUGGCAACCGCCUCCUCUACCCGAAAAUGAUCCAGAAACUUGCAGACCUGAGGAGCCUGAAUGAGGAGCAUUCCAAACAGUAUCGCUGCCUCUCCUUCCUGCCUGAGCACAGCAUGCAGCUCACUCCACUGGUCCUCGAAGUGUUUGGCAAUGAGAUCUCGUGACAUCGUCGUCCUGAGGAUGAAACACACCAGAGUUAAGGAAGGAGUCAGCCUGGCUUUCCACUGGUGGCAAACUGAGAGCUUUGGCCCCAGCGUUGUAUAUUGUCAGCGAGAGUUUUAACCCUUUUUUCCCUCCACACUACCAGAGGGACUUCAUCAUUUUUACAUCUUUUGGCCUCGUCCUUUGCAUUGCUGCUGAGCAGCAGUCUGCAAGCUUAUCCCUUCUCUUCUGUCAAUCAAAACCAAAUAGUUUUCUCACUUGCUGCUUUGCCAAGAUGAAAUUGCUUGUCGCUUUCUUCAAUGUUGAACUUUCAAGCCAGCGACUGAAAUGACUGAUCUGUGGGUUAAGGAAGGCGAUGACUGGAUAAGAGCUCCUAAUUAGAAUGGAUGGGAUUUAGGGUUUGAGGGUGAUGGGACUACUGAGUAUUGUCAUCAUGCCACGUGAAGAGCUUUUAGUCCAGUGUGAAAAUAAUGUACAGAAAUUGAUCUUUUGUGCGUAACAUGUGCCCUCCCUGCCUGCCUUCCCAAGGCUCUUCACUACUAUCAGCCAGAUGAUGAUUUGGAGAGAGCUGGGGUUAACUGUUGUGGUGUACACAAACUACUCUAGCACUUUGUUGCACUAAAUAGCUUGUUCAGAAGGGGAGGAUAAUUUAACUAAUCAUGUACAUCUCAGUGGAAAUUUUCUCUGAAAACUGUAAAUAACAAGCCCCUGCCAAUUUCCCAGCAUUGUUUCAGAAGAUGUUCUCAAAACAUGGCCCCCUUUCAGCAUCCCCCUCCCCCCAGUUUCAAACACUACCAGUUUAUUUAGAGGAGCUUCUGGUUUCUGCAGUGGCAUGGAGCUGAUUUGCAAUCCAUUCAAAAGGUUUGAGUUGUCGCUUUAGAGCAGACCUUCGGCAGUCUAUGUAUGGCCCUCCAGAUAUUUCUAGGCUCCAAUCUUUGUCAAGCCCAACCAGCAUUACCAUUGGUUAAGAUAUUAUGGGAGUUACAAGUUUCCCACCCCUCUUUAGAGUCAUGUAUAGACCAUUUGUUAGCAGGGCAAACUGACCUACAGGUCACUGUAUAAAGAACUGACAUGCAGAAGUAAUCUUGUACUCUCUCUCUCUCUCUCCAUGCUGGAGUCAUAAUGUUUGAGUCAGUCCGUAGUCAUACUCAGGGAGGUUGAGACUAAUUUAUUUUUGUGGCUCAUAAGAUGUUUACUGUGAAUUUGAUGACCUCUGGACAAAUUCAGCACAAGCUGCCACACUCUUAUCAAGGGAAGGAAUGUAUCACCAAUAUUCAAACAGCAUGGAAUGGGCAGUUGCUAAUAUAUUUGUCCCAAAUAAUCUUAAACUGUACACAUAGCUUUCAGUGGACCGACAUUUGCUUCUUGCAAGCAUUGGCAACUGUUUCAAUGUUUACACAUGCAAAAGAGGAAAGUAAAUUGUUGGCUGUAGUGAGAGCAAAGCUGCUUAAAUGUGGACAUUCUCUCAUCUCACUUUUCAGAGAUAGUUACCUUCUCAGAAAAUGUGUAGUAUUUCACUUCACCAACAUGCUGUUUUCACAGAAAUGAUUAUGAUAGCUGCAUUUUGCACGCCAUGUAUUGCUUCAGGUGAACACAAAGUGUCUUACAGGAUGAUAAAUUCUAAGGAUACACAAAGGCACAUUUGGUUUAGCAGACCUGUAGAGUUGUGUCAGUAAGUAUUUGCAUACACGAAUGGAUCAGGGCAGAGGUUUUGGGGAGAUUUCUUCGUGAGAAUAAAAUCUCCCUUUUGCUUGCUGUCAGUAGGAUGAUAUAAUAGGAAGAGAUUAUUGUGAAAAAGUGCCUUGAGCUUGCUCCAGUGCAGUAAUUCCCCCCCCCCCCCCCAAAAUUAUAAGUAGACAUUUUAGUCUUCUCAGCCCUUUGGCUAAGAUCAAGUGUAGUAGUUUAGUCUGAAAUUGAUCUAAAUUGCUAGCCUUGGAGGGAUCCCAAUCAAUUUCCUUCUGUGCUUCAAUGGGUGUUGGUAUAAAGGUAACGCACCACAUGGAAUAAGUCCCUGGAAUAUAUCUGCCUGUGAGGGCAUGCAUGCAGGUUCCUUUCCUCUCCCCCAGAAGUAUGGCUGUCUCCCUUUUCUUGGACAGAACUUGAUUAAAGAAAAAACUUUUGCAUUCUGGCAGUGUGGGAAAGAAAGCAGGCAUUUGCAACACGGUUCUAUAAUAGAAGCUUUGAAGCUUCUCAGAGCUCUGCCUCUUCGGCUGCUGGAGCACUUUCUGGCAGCAGUGUUUGACUCCUUUGGCAAGAUACACCACCCAUUAGUUUCUAUCGAAAGUAUGGUAGUACAUCCAACAUGCCUAAGCCUGUGUUCUAGCAGCCAUUUCAAUGGUGGAUGGCCUUACUAUACUCAUCAAAGUUGUACAUCUUAAUACUCAUGUCGUGACACUACAUUUGAAAGUGUUAUGUAUACAUCUUGCAGGAGGGAGUCAGAGGAGGUAAAUUGGUAGUUUUUUAAAGUCAUAUUAAAUCAUAAUAGAGUUAGCUGUCCACAUUUGUGGAUUUAACUUUUAUGGAUUUGAUUAGUCACAGAUUUGGCUAAUACAUUCUGAGAAUCUCUAGGUCCUCCAGUGAAAUUCUGCAGUCAGUCCCUGCCAGAAGUUGAUCAUGGAGGCAAACUGCAUGACCAAGAGAACACAUCUUUAGGCAUUAGUACAAUGGUUCUCAACCUGUGGGUUCUCAGAUGUUUUGGCCUACGACUCCCAAAAAUCCCAGCCAGUUUACCAGCUGUUAGGAUUUCUGGGAGUUGAAGGCCAAAAUAUCAGGGGACCCACCAUUUGAGAACCACUGCAUUAAUAGAUCCUCCAGCAUAGUUCUGUGGUCAGUUUUUGAUGGAAUUGGUGUUUUUUAUUUGUUGUUUUUCUACUUCGCUCCCCUAACUCAUACAAAAGUGAAGGUCCUACUUUAUUGGUUCCUCUUACCCCUAUAAUGUCAGUACUGAUUGGCAGAUUUCGAGGGAUUCAGAAGGAUUCAGAAGUUCACUUGAAGACUUAGGGUUGAAGCUGGGAUUUUGCUUGCAAAGCAUGUGCUCUGUCACUGAGCUAUGCAUGCCUUGGUGCCUUACAGACAAGAAUGUGAGGUUUAGCUCUUUUAUAUCCCAUCUUAGGAAGUUUUCCAAGUCUAAUGGGAUGCAGGACCAUUUGAGUCUGGUAGUUAAAUCUAUCAUGGCACAAUGUUGAAAGAGAGGAAAGGAGUCAGCUAUGCUUUCAACCACUCUCUGCUAUAUUGGACAUAGUAAUAUUUUAAAAUAAUGAUUACAGCAAACUAUUCAAGUCACUCAAUGAGUUGCAUCUUGGUUGUUUUUUAAAAUGCUAUGUUAAUACGCCCCUUUAGUCUAAAACAGUGGUUCCCAACCUUUGGUCCUCCAGGUGUUUUGGACUUCAUCUCCCAGGAAUCACAGCCAUCUUACCAGCUGUUAGGAAUUGUGGGAGAUGAUGUCCAAAACACCCGGAGGACUAAAGAUUGGGAACCACUGGUCUAAUGGGAACCUCACCAAUACACUCUUGUGUUCCCUCUGCUUCCCUUACAGCAGUGCUUUCUUAACCUGUAGGUCCCAAGAUGUUUUGGCCUUCAACUCCCAGAAAUCCUAACAGGUGGUAAACUGGCUGGGAUUUCUGGGAGUUGUAGGCCAAAACGCCUGGGGACCCACAGGUUGAGAACCACUGCCUUAUAAGGAGACAGGAUGGGGAGGAUGUAAUUUUAUUUUAUCUUUUGUUUAUCUGUUCUGCUGGAGGUGUCCCUGGGAUGCUUCUAGAUGACUUUCCCAGCUUUGUAUGGGAGACCCAGGUGAUAGCAUGGUUAUGCCAAGAAGCAGUAAAAUAGAUGCACAGUGCUUUUCGACUGAUAGCAUUAGGGACACUCUUCCUUCAAAGUUCCCUUGAGUGCAAAGCUUAGCAAAUCACUUAUAUGGACACUUGGCCAAAAGAAAUAGUCCAAAGGAGUAGCUUUUCCAAGUUUUGCCUAUUGAGUUUGGUCCAGCUGUGUCUGAGCUUUCCAUCUGGAAGUAUCCAGGAUCUAAGUAAAUAAGUUGUCCUGCAGCCAUUCAUAGAACACACUUGGCCACUAUAUUUUUCUAAAGAAAUGGGGUGAGUGCUUUUGAUACUUAGCCCAUACAUUAAGUGCGCUAGAAACGCCUAUGCUGAACAAUUUGCACCAGAUUAUGUGGCUUAAUUCAAUGUGUAAAUGGCAAUUUAAUAUAAGUUGACAAUGUUCUGUUAUAAAACACCAAUUGGAUUUUAGACAUUUUAAGAACAAUUACAUUUGAAUCAAAGCUGCUCUUUUUUGAGAGAUGCUGGAUUUUUUCCCCAACUCUGCAUGUGAACGUCUAACAUGUAUCUAUCUAUCUACAGACACAUACAGUGCAAGAGUAGCUUCUUUCCAAAUGUGAAACACAAAUCAUCUCUUGUUUGUUGCCUUGUGUAAUUUAAAUGGCCAUGCAAUGCACUUUAUAUUAAAAAAUCAGUGGAAUGAUUUAAAGAGACAAAUCUAUAUUUAAUUAUAGUUCUGAUGAUGAAGAAUAGAGGUGAUUGCUAUCUUUUUAUUCCUUUGUACAUCUUUGGGCUUUUUUCUAAUGGAUAAAAGAGAAGAUAUAAUAUAAAAAAAUCCAGAGCUUUAUUGACAUGAUAAGGAAUGAUUGAAUCCUGUUUUCAUAAGUUGUAAGUGUAAUAUGCUGUUACCUUAUUAAUAAACAUGUAUUGCUUUGUGACAACACAA